UUGCUUCUCUGUUCUUUGUUUAGGUAUCAUGCCAGUGUAUCAUAACAUGUUCGCACUCAUGAGUGAAACAGAGAGAAUGUGGUAUCCCCCAAAUCACAUCUUCCAUGUAGAUGAAGCAACAAGACUCAUCCUCAUUUACCGGAUAAGGUUUUAUUUUCCCCACUGGUAUUGCAAUGGCACCAGCAGAGCAUAUCGGUAUGGUAUUCUUCGAGGUGCAGAAAGCCCUGUUCUUGAUGAUCUUGUCAUGUCUUACCUAUUUGCACAGUGGCGAGAUGAUUUUUUGGAUGGAUGGAUACAGAUGCCUGUUACUCAUGAAACACAGGAAGAAUGCCUUGGAAUGGCUGUUCUGGAUAUGAUGAGAGUGGCCAAAGAAAAGGACCAAACCCCACUGGCUAUUUACAAUUCAGUCAGCUACAAAAUGUUUUUGCCUAAAUGUGUGCGAGCAAAAAUCCAAGAUUACCACAUUUUGACGCGAAAAAGAAUAAGGUACAGGUUCCGCAAAUUUAUACAACAGUUUGGCCAAUGCAAAGCUACUGCCAGAAACUUGAAACUUAAGUAUCUUAUAAAUCUGGAAACCCUUCAGCCUGCCUUCUAUUCAGAGGUUUUUGAAGUAAAAGAACCCGGUGGAGAUCCUUCUGGAGAGGAAAGUUUUGCAACCAUUGUAAUAACUGGAAAUGGUGGAAUUCAGUGCUCAAGAGGAAAACUUAAAGACUGUGAGACACUGUCAGAGCAGGAUUUACAAACAUACUGUGAUUUUCCUGAUAUCAUUGAUGUCAGCAUUAAACAAGCAAGCCAAGAAGGCUCCAGUGAAAGAAGAAUUGUCACCAUUCACAAACAAGACAGCAAGAAUCUGGAGGCUGAAUUUCAGUCAUUAAGAGAAGCUCUGUCCUUUAUAUCAUUAAUUGAUGGAUAUUACAGAUUAACUGCGGAUGCCCACCAUUAUCUCUGUAAAGAAGUAGCACCACCAUCAGUCCUUGAAAAUAUCCAAAGCAACUGCCAUGGACCAAUUUUGAUGGACUUUGCUAUCAGUAAACUGAAGAAAGCAGGUAAUCAGACUGGUUUCUACGUUCUUCGUUGCAGUCCUAAAGAUUUUAAAAAAUACUUCCUCACCUUUGCUAUAGAGCGUGAGAAUACGACUGAUUACAAGCACUGCUUAAUUACGAAGAAUGAGAAUGGAGAAUAUAAUCUUAGUGGAACCAAGAGAAGUUUUAGCAGCCUUAAGGAUUUGUUGACCUGUUACCAGACAGAAACUGUCCGUUCAGACAGCAUAAUUUUCCAGUUCAUCAAAUGCUGUCCUCCAAAACCAAAAGAUAAAUCAAAUCUCCUAGUCUUCAGAAGCAAUAGUGUUUCCGAUGUACCUUCAUCACCUACGCUGCAGAGACACAAUAAUGUCAACCAGAUGGUCUUUCACAAAAUCCGGAAUGAGGACUUGAUAUUUGAGGAGAGUCUUGGACAGGGCACGUUUACUAAGAUUUUCAAAGGUGUAAGGAAAGAAGUGGGAGAUUAUGGCCAGCUCCAUCAAACUGAAGUUCUUUUAAAGGUGCUGGAUAAAGUGCAUAGAAACUACUCUGAGUCCUUCUUUGAGGCAGCAAGUAUGAUGAGCCAGCUUUCUUACAAACAUUUGGUGUUAAAUUAUGGAGUCUGUGUAUGCGGAGAGGAAAACAUCCUUGUACAAGAAUAUGUAAAAUUUGGAUCCUUGGACACAUACUUGAAAAAGAACAAAAACGUUAUCAAUAUCUUGUGGAAGCUGGAAGUAGCCAAACAGUUGGCAUUAGCCAUGCAUUUUCUGGAGGAUAAAGGCCUUGUUCAUGGAAAUGUCUGUGCGAAAAACAUCUUGCUUAUCAGAGAGGAAGACAGGAAAUCUGGAAACCUUCCAUUUAUAAAACUCAGUGAUCCUGGCAUCAGUAUUACAGUUUUGCCAAGAGAUAUUCUUCUUGAGAGGAUACCAUGGGUUCCACCUGAAUGUAUUGAGAAUCCUAAACAAUUAAGCUUGGCCACAGAUAAAUGGAGUUUUGGUACUACUUUGUGGGAAAUCUGCAGUGGAGGAGACAAACCUCUGAGUGCACUGGAUUCUUCAAGGAAACUACAGUUUUAUGAAGAUAGGCAUCAGCUUCCUGCCCCCAACUGGACAGAACUAGCAAACCUUAUAAACAACUGUAUGGAUUACGAGCCAGAUUUCAGGCCUUCAUUUAGAGCAAUUAUACGUGACUUGAAUAGUUUGUUCACUCCAGAUUAUGAGCUAUUGACAGAAAGUGAUAUGUUGCCAAAUAUGAGAAUUGGAGCACUUGGAUUUUCUGGUGCUUUUGAAGACCGGGACCCAACACAAUUUGAAGAAAGACAUCUUAAGUUUUUACAGCAGCUUGGCAAGGGAAAUUUUGGCAGUGUUGAGAUGUGCCGGUAUGAUCCCCUGCAGGAUAAUACUGGGGAGGUGGUGGCUGUGAAAAAGCUGCAACAUAGCACAGAAGAGCACCUUAGAGACUUUGAAAGAGAAAUUGAAAUACUUAAAUCUCUGCAGCAUGAUAACAUUGUUAAAUACAAAGGAGUAUGCUACAGUGCAGGUCGUAGGAAUCUAAGAUUAAUUAUGGAAUAUUUACCUUAUGGAAGUUUACGAGAUUAUCUGCAGAAACACAAGGAGAGGCUGGACCACAAGAAGCUUUUGCUAUAUGCAUCUCAGAUAUGCAAG